CUUACAUUAGGUAUUUUCGGUAUUUUAACCCUCUUAUUUGAACUUUGCGUAAUAUGGGAAAGGAAGAUUUGAAGUCACCUUAUGAGAAGGCCAAUAUAAUUUCAAGAUUAUUUCACAUUUGGUUGAGCCCUCUUUUUUCACAAUCCACUGGGAACUCUUUGACCAUAAAUGAUGUUUACAAGUGUCCUGAGAAAGAAAGAGCAGAAUACAAUACUGAAGAAUUAGAAAGGCAGUGGGAAUCAGAAAUCAGUAAAAGCAGUCCAAAACUUAUUCUCUCCAUCAUCAAGUCAUUUAAACUAGAUAUCUUUUCCUCUGGAUUUUGUUUAGCUUUUGAAGUAUUCAGCAGCACUGUCAGACCAGUUAUCCUUCAGCAGGUGCUUAUGGGCUUUCAAAAUCUUAAGGAUCAUCACUAUCUAAUCAAAGCUAUUUUAUUUAGCAUUCUUUUCGUUUUAAAUACCGUCUUGUCAGUAGUCGUGAGAGAAAAAGCUUUUUGGAUUGCUUACAGAAUGGGUGCACGUUUGCGAGUUGCAGUUUCUGGUCUAAUAUUCAAAAAGAUACUUCGGCUAAAUCAGAAGUUGUUGGCGGGUUCGACAACCGGUCAGAUCAUCAAUCUUUUAUCAAUCGAUGCUCAGUGCUUUGAUUUAACAUUUUUAUUUGUACAUUAUGUUUGGAUGGGACCACUUCAAGCACUUGUAGUUUUUGGAUUAAUGGCACAGAUCACUUUAAUUCCAAGCUUACUUACAGUUGGAGUUAUUUUUCUAUUCAUUCCUAUUCAGUCAGCAUUUAAUCGAGAAUAUGCAAAAAUGAGAUUUAAAGCUGCAAACGUAACUGAUCAACGUAUUCGGAUUCUUUCAGAUAUUAUAGCUGGUAUACGUGUUAUAAAAGUUAAUUGUUGGGAAAAUGCAUUCAUGAAAUUAGUACAUCUUUAUAGAAGUAAAGAAGCUAAACUUUUUAUGCGUGGUCGAAUUUUUCAAUCAUUCAGAUAUAGUCAAUUAAUAUAUCAAGUGAAGCUUACAGUAUUGAUUUUAAUUAUGGCAAUUCUAUUACUACAUAAUGGAGAAGAUGAUCCAGAAGCCUUAAAAAGUUAUCAAUUAUUCACUUUAAUUAAUUUUAUAUCAUCACUUUUUCUAUCAAUCACAUUAUUUAUGCCAAUGGGAAUUGAACAAAUUUAUCUAGCAAUAAUAAGUUGCAAACGUAUAUCUAGAUUUCUGUUAUUACCGGAAAAAGAAGAUGAUCAUUUCCCAUUAGUGAAUAAAUCGUCUGAAGCUAAUUUACAAUUCAUAGAUGUCUGUUCCCAAUGGUUAGGUAAUACGAAACCAUAUACUUUAAAUAAUAUUAGCUUUAAAGCUUCUGGUCACGCGUUAAUUGGUAUUAUCGGUUCUGUAGGUAGUGGAAAGUCUUCCCUUUUACAAACUGCCCUUGGAGAAUUACCAUUUUUAAAUGGUGAACUUCAUAGAUCAGCUAGUAUAGCUUAUCUUCCACAAGUUGCAUGGAUAUUUCCUGGGACAAUACGUGAAAAUGUGAUAUGCAACCAACCGUUUGAUCUUCAACGUUAUGCAUCCGUAUUGAAAGUAACUAGCUUAGAUGUGGAUCUAUCACGUUUUCCCAAUGGGGAUGGAACGUAUAUAGGUGAACGUGGUGGUAGUUUAAGCGGUGGUCAGAAGGCUCGUAUUGCUUUAGCCAGGAUAGCAUAUUCUCGUCAACAAAUUUUACUGUUGGAUGACCCGUUGGCAGCUGUUGAUGCUCGUGUAUCAAAUCAAUUAUUUCAAGAAUGUAUAUGUGGUUUCUUGUCGGAUAGACUUCGUCUACUUGUAACACAUCAACACCAACUUCUACCAUGCAUGGACAAAAUUUUAGUUCUUAGAGAGGGCGAAAUGAUAUUUUUUGGCAGUUAUUCUGAAUUUCAAACAAAGAAAUUACAAUUGGAUGAUUUUAUAUGUAGCUCAGUUGAUCAACAUAAAGAGGAAAUAUUCAUUCAGGAAGCAGAAGAUAGUGAUUUCAGUGAUGAAAUUUGUAUCAAAUUUGAUGGAUUCAGUGAAGAGUUUUCAAGAUCUCAACGAAUUUUUAAACCUUGCCGACUAGAUAGUUCUUAUGCAAUUGCUCAAUCUACAAGUGAAUUAGAAGAUUUGGUACAAGAUGAAUUAACAUUUUUAUCAUUGCCAUCAAUUCGUAGAGAUUCUAUCAAGAACAUUUCAUUGGAGAAGAAAAACUGUUUUCGACCAUCUUCAACAUCAUCUUCUAGAAAAAAAAACUUCAUGACAGUCAUUUGCAAGUCAGUGAAAAGUGGAGAACCAGAUGAGUCAAGCAUAAGCGAUUAUCUUACAGAGCAUAAAGUGGAAUUUAAUAAUACAAAUAUUCAUAUGGGUGAUAAUGUAGUUGAAGAGAAAAUUAAUGAAACUGGAGUCAUUGAACAGCUUCGUCGUGGAAAAGUUAGAUGGAGAAAUUAUUUAGCUUUUGGGAGAAUGGGUGAUAGUUUCUUCUGUGUAAUAUUUGUACUCCUAAUGUUUGUCUUCACAAUCAUGAUUUACGCAACAUUCGAUAUGUGGAUAGCACGAUGGAUUCGUAUUGUGGACACCCGUAAUAAUUCAACAUUCAACACCUCUUCAUUGGACAUGAAAACAUGGGAUUUGAAUAAUAAUUAUACCAAUCUCUACAUUAUUGUAAUACUAACUAUACUAUUAGUGUUUUUUGGUACAAGUCGCACGCUUCUAUUUUUCAGGCAAAUGAAAAAUAUUGCAAAACGAUUGCAUGAUUUAAUGCUCAAAGCUUGUUUGUCAACUAGAAUACUAUUCUUUGAAUUGAACCCAUCAGGACGCAUAUUGAACAGAUUUUCAAAAGACAUUGGAUUGAUAGAUGAUUAUUUACCAACUAAUAUUCAUGACUUUUUACAGUGUUUAUCACUGGUUAUAAAUUUCAGUGUUGUUACUAUAAUCACUAGUUAUUGGGUUAUAAUACCAGUUAUACCCCUCCUUAUCAUCUUCUGGUUAAUCCGUAGACGAUAUAUGCUUGUAUCAAGAGAUUUGAGACGAAUUGAAGCAAUCGCUCGUAGUCCAGUACUUUCAUGGGUGAAUAUUACAUUACAAGGUCUACCGUGUAUAAGAGCUUCAAAUAAUGAAUCAUUCCAUUUAGAUAAAUUUUAUGAUGUAACAGAUACUCAUACAAAUGUUUUCUAUGUCAACUUGGCUGCUACACUUUGGCUGUCUGUACGUUUGGAUCUUCUGUGUACACUGUUUAUUGCUUCUGUGUCAAUUAUUUCCAUAUGUCUAGGAUUAUUUUCAGAGAUUCCAGGAGCUAAUGUAGGUUUGAUGUUCACCUAUGCUAGCAAUCUGGUAGGACUCUUUCAAUGGUGUGUACGACAAAGUGCAGAAGUUGAAAACCAAAUGGUAUCCGUAGAGCGGGCCAUUGAGUAUGUAGAUCUAGAACCGGAGAUAACUGAACCUCCUGAAUUACUUCCACCUGUUUCUGAUUGGCCUACAUAUGGGCAUAUAAAGUUUGAAAAUUUUGGAAUGCGUUAUGGAUCUUCUGAUACAUGGGCACUGAAAAACAUAAACUUAGAUAUUAAACCUGGAUGCAAGGUUGGUAUUGUUGGACGAACUGGUGCUGGUAAAAGUUCUCUUAUUUCAGCUCUUUUCCGACUAGUUGAAGGUGAAAAAGGAUCUAUACUAAUAGAUGGUGUAGAUAUUAAACAUUUGAAAUUAGACUGUUUACGAAAAAGACUGUCAAUAAUUCCUCAAGAUCCAAUAAUGUUUACUGGAACAAUAAGAACAAAUAUGGAUCCUUUAAAUGAAGAAAGAGAUGAAUCUAUCUGGAUAGCUCUAGAAAGAGUAAACUUAGACAAAACAAUCAAAAAUCUUAAUGGUGGCUUAGACGCAUUCAUAAGUGAAGGUGGUUCCAAUUUCAGUACAGGACAACGACAAUUGUUAGCACUAGCACGUGCAAUUUUAAGCGGAAAUCGUGUAUUAGUUAUAGAUGAAGCAACAUCAAAUGUUGAUCCUGCAACUGAUGCUAUCAUUCAAAAAACUCUUAGAAGCAUAUUCAAAGAAUGUACUGUACUAACUGUUGCACAUAGACUGCAUACUGUUAUAGAUAGUGAAUUGUUAAUCGUUAUGGAAGGUGGUGAAGUAGUGGAAUCUGGUCAUCCACACAUUCUUUUGAAUCCUGAUCUUGCUAAAGCUGAUGAAAAAGACUAUAUAUUGGGUGUAAAUAGUUUUUUAACCAAAAUGGAUAUUGAAAUAAAUUCCAAUGGUCAUUUGGCAAAUUUAGUAAGACAAUGCGGGAAUUUGGAAUCACAGAAUCUUGCACAAAUGGCACGAAAAUCAUUUAUUGAGAUACUUCGUCGUCAGAAUAACUUAUCUGAUUGAUUUUCUGAUAUAUAUAUAUAUAUAUAAAUAAUCCUGAAGGAUAUUAUCUACAGCCUUUAUAAGUAUUCUUUAGUCUACUGAAUUUUACCCGUUCUUCCUAGCAUCAUAGACUUUACCUCUUACUACUUCAGAUAUACUUUUUGAUUUGAAAAAAAAAAAACUACCUUCACACUGUUAUUAAAAUAUUGGUUUUUGUAGAAUAGAAAUUCACAUUCCGAAAUACAUUAGUAACUCAUUACAAUUGGAUUCUUGUAUUUUACUAAUGUUGAUCUCAGCCAUAAUAUUUCGUUUUUAUUAUCAUUUUUACGAAUACUAAUUCUCUCUUUUCGGUACCUAAUUGGAUGAAAU